AUGCCUACUCUUCCAACAGCCUUUGCAGAGACCACAAAGAGAAGCUUGAACUCGGGCGAAUUGAGUCAAAGAGUCUUGAGUCUUUACAGAAAGUAUUUAAGAAGUGCCCCAGUAUUUAUUGAAUUGUACGAAUUAGAUCUACCAGUUGGUGUCGUUAGAACUAAAAUCAGACAAGAAUUUGAAAGAAACAGAUUUCAAAAAGAUAUCAACAUCAACAAUGUGCUACUUGCAAAAGGUCAAAUGGAAUACCAAGAAUUGAUCAACUUUUGGAAACAAACUCCACACGUUAUGCGUUACUUUGAAUUUGAAGGUGAUACAAGAUUCAGUAAAGAUGCUAAAAUUGCGGACUCAUUUGUUGGUAAAUUCUUGAAAGGUUUUUGA